CUCUGAGUGAGCUCUUCCUACGGUGCAGCAAAACAGACUGACGAAUUCAGGAACGGAGAAUCGUUGAUUGUGGUGCGUGUGGAAGAAGCACUCCCUGAGUUAUGGCCUCGGCAUCCAUACCAGCAUACAACUCCAUCCCACUGGAGAACAGCUCCAGCCAGAACGCAUCCAAUGAGAGUCUGAAGAUGGAGCCGCUGGCUGAUGUUGCCCUAUUGCCAGGGGAGGAGAGAGUGAUCGACAAAGACAUCAUUUACAUCUGCCCUUUCAAUGGCGCACUGAAAGGCAAAGUCUUCAUCACAAACUUCAGACUCUACUUCAAGAGUGACGGGGACCAUGUGGUGGUCCUGGACGUCCCACUGGGGGCAAUCAGUCGGGUGGAGAAAAUGGGCGGGGCCUCCAGUCGAGGGGAGAACUCGUAUGGUCUGGACAUCACCUGCAAGGAUAUGAGGAACCUGAGGUUUGCUCUGAAGCAGGAGGGUCACAGUAGAAGAGACAUCUUUGAGAUACUCUUCAGAUAUGCCUUUCCUCUCUCCCACGGCCUGCCGCUGUUUGCAUACCUCAGUCAGGAGAAAUUUGAUGAGAACGGCUGGCACGUUUACAAACCCAUGGAGGAGUACCGGAGGCAGGGCCUUCCCACUGACAAGUGGCGAAUCUCUUUCAUCAACGAGGACUACAAACUGUGCGACACGUACCCCACCAUCCUGGUGGUGCCGUUCAAGGCCACGGAGGAUGACCUGCAGAAGGUGGCCACCUUCCGAUCCCGCUGCCGCAUCCCAGUGCUGUCGUGGAUCAACAAGGAGAACCAGGCAGUGAUUGUGCGCUGCAGCCAGCCCCUGGUGGGCAUGAGCGGCAAGCGCAACAAGGAUGACGAGCGCUACCUCGAGAUGAUCCGCGAGGCCAACGGCACCACCAAGCUCACCAUCUUUGACGCCCGGCCCAACGUCAAUGCCGUCGCAAACAAGGCGACAGGUGGGGGCUACGAGGGGGACGACGCCUAUCAGAACGCGGAGCUGGUCUUCCUGGACAUCCAUAACAUCCAUGUCAUGCGCGAGUCCCUCAAGAAGCUCAAGGACAUCGUCUACCCCAACGUGGAGGAGGCCCACUGGCUCUCUAGCCUGGAGUCCACCCAUUGGCUGGAACACAUCAAGUUGGUGCUGUCGGGGGCCAUCCAGGUGGCCGAUAAGGUGUCCUCGGGCAACUCGGUGGUGGUGCACUGCAGCGACGGCUGGGACCGCACGGCCCAGCUCACCUCCCUGGCCAUGCUGAUGCUGGACAGCCACUACCGCACCCUCAGGGGCUUCCAGGUGCUGCUGGAGAAGGAGUGGAUCGGCUUCGGACACAAGUUCGCCUCGAGAAUUGGCCAUGGGGACAAAAACCAUGCAGACCAGGACCGGUCGCCCAUCUUUUUGCAAUUUAUCGACUGCGUGUGGCAGAUGACCAAACAGUUCCCCACAGCGUUUGAGUUCAAUGAGCGUCUCCUGAUGGUCAUCCUGGAUCACCUGUACAGCUGCCGCUUUGGCACCUUCCUCUACAACUGCGAGAAUGUCCGUGACAACAACUUGUUGCGAACAAAGACUGUGUCCCUGUGGUCCCUGGUCAACAGCGACACGUCGUCCUUCAUCAACCCCUUCUACACAGAGGAGUCAAGCCGUGUGCUCUACCCUGUGGCCAGCAUGCGCCACCUAGAGCUCUGGGUGACUUACUACAUCCGGUGGAACCCUCGCAUUAGACAGCAGCAGCAGAGUCCAGUGGAACAGCGCUACAGGGAGCUGCUGGCCCUGCGCGACCAGUACCUGAAGAAGCUCCAGGAGCUGCAGCUGUCCGACUCCUCCCCCUCCACCCACCUGUCCAACAGCUCCACGCCCUCGGCCGCCUCCCCCACGCAGCACAUCACACGCCUCCAGACGCCCUUCUGAU